AUGAAGCAGGGCACUACUCCAGUAAAAACUGUAGCAAAAAUGGAAAUUGGGGAGCUCAACAUGCUGAGUGCAAAGGAUCUCUUGGCUUUGCCUGUGACCCACUGCUGGCAUGACCUGGAUAAUACGGAAUUUGACUGUUGGCCAGUGGAGCAGCCCAAUGAGCAGAAUAUGAUUGAUUGCAUGGGUCUGGAAAUGGCUUGGAUUAUAAGGCCUCCUGAGAAAGUUGUCAGCGGGCAUGAAUUUAAUGUCACUUACUCCGUCUCUGUACCAGACAGUUUUUACCAGAAAGCAGUGAAUCAGAAGAUAUUGCUCUUCAGAUAUUUCCAAAUUCGGCACACUUUUAAGGCCCAGUUUGGUACACUUUCUCCUGUCCUUUCCACAAUGACAAUUGAAGAGACCCUCAUAGCUGAGCAACCGAUAAAGUUGGUGUCCAGGCUAUACAGAAAUCUUCUAGCCAGUGUCCCCCCUCCAUUCCAUACAGCUCAGGUACGAUGGAAAACAAACAUUCCAGAGCUGUCCCAGGAUGACUGGGACGAAGCAACAGAAACUAUGUAUCAAAGCUUAAUAGCAAUAAGGGAUAGACUGAUACAGUACAAGGUGUUCCAUCAACUAUAUAUCACCCCACUUAAACUAAAGGCAAUGGGUAAGAAGGACAAUGACUCCUGCCCCAGAUGUGGAACUCCUGAAGCCAACUUUCUACACAUGAUCUGGUCUUGCCCAAUUAUAAAUACUUACUGGUCGCAAGUAAUGGCUUCGCUAGCAAACACACUGGAGUUCCCACAUAUACUCUCCCCCACUGUGUGUCUUCUGGGCGUGGUGGAACACCUUGUACCCACUACUCAGCGUGGGAUCUGUGGACCUUGGAUCCCUGACGAUGGCAAGAUUGUUACUCACACAGUCUCUCAGGCAGGAAAAAUGACCCAGUACAACUGGACUAGCAAGGUUGUAUUGGUCCACCUGGGUGUGACGUCUCUGAUUGCUCACAUCAAAGUUGGUCUUUUUCAGGCUGCUUUAGAGGCAAAGUCUACUGUUCUCAGCAGCACAGUGUGUGGAGAUCACAUCUGUAGCCCAGAAGAAAACUGUGCCUUGUGUCCUGCUGACUGCGGUCCCUGCCCAAUGCCAUCGUCCAUAAAGAUCGCUAUUGUCCUGCCCCUGGCUUUAUUCUGCACUGGCUUCAUAUUGGCACUUGUGUGGUUUCAGUAUCAGAAGCAGAAGAUGCUUUGGGAUGAAAGUUGGAUUCUGACAGUGAAAGAUUUACCAGGUGACACAUUUCAUUGUGGACUUGGCAGUACAUUAAGUCUAAAAUAUAAUCAGAACCCACAACCUAGCCACCGACCUGAAAUGUUUGCCAAUACUGUAUUUAUAUGUGGUUCAUCUACAGACAACUUCAUGCAGACAGGCAUAUAUGAUGGAAGAAUUGUAGCUGUUAAGAGAAUAUAUAAGAAAAACUUUACCAUUUCUAAAACAGUUAGAAAAGAAGUUCAGCAUGUCCGAAAGUUGGACCAUCCAAACAUAUGUAAAUUUAUUGGAGGAUCUGUGGAGGGGAAUAUUUUUAUAAUAACAGAAUAUUGCCCCAAGGGAAGCCUUGCAGAUGUUCUUUUCAAUGAUGAUGUCCCUUUAAACUGGGGAUUUAGAUUAUCAUUCGCUACAGACAUUGCUCGUGGAAUGGCAUAUCUUCACCACCACAAAAUCUAUCAUGGGAGAUUAACUUCACGCAACUGCAUUAUUGAUGAUCGAUGGGUUUGCAAAAUUUCUGGUAGAGCUAUCUAUGUUUUUAUUGUAUAUGUCAUACCUGUAAAACAGUAUAUAUUCACGUCAUUUAAUUGCAUAUUUUUAGAUCAUGGUUUGAUGGUUUACAGAAGGGAUGAAUUUAAGGAAUUAAUGGAAAAAAAGUCUGCAAAUAUUUACUGUCCUCCUGAAGUCAUCAAUAGUGACAGCAAUUGGGUCAUACCAACUGCAGCAGCUGAUGUUUACAGCUAUGCCAUUAUCCUUGUUGAAAUUGCCAGCAGAUGUGAUCCAUUUCCAGGAGCUAUCUAUAUGAAAGAUGCUUCAUGGAGACCACGUAUUCCAGACCUCAGUGCUGGCAAAGCUGACCAAGACUGUCCAAACCAGGCUGACUAUUCUGAGCUAGUUAAGAAAUGUUGGGCUAAUAGUCCCAUGGUAAGACCAUCAUUUGAGCAAAUAAGGAAGACCCUGGAGAGAAUGAAUCCUCAUAAAGUGAGCCCAGUGGACAUGAUGAUGAACUUGAUGGAAAAAUACAGCAAGCACCUGGAAGCUGUAGUUGCAGAAAGGACUCAAGAUCUUCUCCAAGAAAAACAAAAGACUGACCGUUUAUUGUACAGUAUGCUUCCUAAGCCUGUAGCUGAUGAUUUACGUCAAGGUCUUACAUGUGAGGCCCAGAGCUAUGCUAAUGCCACUGUUUUUUUCAGUGAUAUUGUUGGCUUCACUUCCAUCUCUAGUGCCAGCACACCAUAUCAAGUGGUAGACUUUCUGAACAAGCUGUAUACCAUCUUUGAUGAUAUUAUUGAUAAUUACGAUGUUUAUAAGGUUGAAACCAUUGGAGACGCAUAUAUGGUUGUAUCGGGGGUACCUAAAGAAAAUGGAAUGAAUCAUGUGGCUGAAAUUGCUAGCAUGGCAUUAGAUCUUGUAUCUGUCUGUCACAGUUUUAAGAUCCCACAUAUACCUGAUAAAAAUCUGAAAAUUCGAGGUGGAAUACACUCAGGUCCUGUGGUUUCUGGAGUGGUUGGAACUAAAAUGCCCCGUUACUGUUUAUUUGGAGACACAGUUAACACAGCUUCAAGAAUGGAGUCUACAAGUGAAGCUUUGAAAAUCCAGUGUAGUUCCAGUGCAGCUGAACUGCUCCAGAAAAUUGGUGGCUACAUCCUUACAUGCCGUGGAGCCCUAAAUGUGAAGGGGAAAGGAGAAAUGACAACCUGGUGGCUUGAAGAAAAAGAGGCCUUAAAAUCUCAAAAGAGUUAACCAUACUGAUAUUCUAAAUAUACAUAUGUAUGAUGAUGAUCAUCAUACAAUUACAACAUAUAUUCAGUUUAAAAUUCAAAUAUUUUUGGACUAGAAUUUCCACUAUAAUAAAUUUAGAGGCAUAAAGAGAUCAGUAGAGAUUGCUAUUCUGUGCUCACUGAUCUCCAAGUAGUUCACACUUUUUUGUGAUUUAAAUGUAUAUUGUAUAUCAAUUGUUUAAGAAAAUACAUAAUUUUAUAGAAACGUAUAGCUUCAAUUAUGCAAUAAUAAUAUCCUAAAUGUACCCAGCUGACAUGCUGGAGAACACCAGUGGCUGACUGGAGCACUGCUAUGGUUCAUUGCACUUCUUUACCUCCACAACCCUUCCUCAGGUAGCAUUUUAUAACAUAGGCUUGACUCCUGAUGAAAAAGGGCAUUUACAACUGCAAGUUUGGAACACAAGUUGCUACGUUUUUUUGCGCACAAUGUGUAACUGUGGCCAGGUUGGGAGAUAAACCUGAUGCAAUUUUCAAAAUGAAAACUCCAUCAAAAUGACUUCAGGUACAAAUACGUUGUGGCUACUGACACUGGCUUAUGUGGGAACAACUGAGCCUGGGAAAAACUUCAGAGGUAUAUUAACAUAUUUCAGAGCAUGAUGUAUGCUAUCCUUCAUAUAUUAACCAGUUCUUUGCAGUGCUGUUUCUGUAUGUAUCUAUUAUCAUUGGACUUUGUUCCAUACUUAAUUCUAAAACUUCCUCUUUCCCAGAUUCCCUAACAGCAACUAAUGGGUUAACAUUACCCUUUCUGAGACAGACUUUCUUAGAAAGUGGCUAAUUAAUUAAGGUAAAAGUUCCUUCCCCAUACCUUGUCCCUUUCUUUUCCUGUCUGUUGAGUUUGGAUUGGCAGUUUUUCAUGUCAUUGUUGGCCCUUCAAUGUCAUUGUGAGGCCUCUGCAAAUGCAUUUGCUCUGUGCUCCAUCUCCCUUCAUAGGGGCAGAUUUACUAAAGGGCGAAGUGGUCUGUGAUAUCGUCAGAAAUUGCAUCCACAGGGACAUCGCCAAUUUACUAAAAGGCAUAAAGGACAAUUCGCUAGCGAAAGAGCACAGCACUAACAAAGUUUUGCGCCCUUUCGCCAAGAGAAUUUUCACUUAGGCGAACAAUCGUUACUCUGCAAAUUCAUUAGAGUGUGAAGUUUCCACUACGUUACCCUUUCCGCCAAAGUCUGCUUCGCCAGGUUAUACCUGGUGAACUAAUAAAAUGAAACUACAUCCACAACAAUCUUAUGUCAGUGACAUCAUAUCCUGUAUGUCGAAGUCAUAAAAAAAGACAAAAUGCUGGCUUUUUUUUACAUUUUAAAGUGGGAUUAUGUUUAAAAGUUGUAACUGUUAAAUAUAUUUUUGUUAAUUUUUUUUAACAAUUUGAAGCUCAUGCCACAUUUGUUUUAGGGUGGGCUCAUGUAUAGGACAAUAGAGGAUCUCUUUUGUCUUUAUUUUGAUUCCUUGGACAUUUUUAAUUAUAAGUGGCAACUUAUAACAAAGGCAAUGCCCUUGUUUGAUUUUAACGUGGCAGAUAAAUUAGUGAGUGCUAUUAAAGAAGCCCUAAGAUGUGGAGAAGACACAUCAAAAUUGCUGUAGAAGUUUCAGAAAGCCCAGACUUGCUGUGAAGAGAAGAUAAGUAAAGAGGCGGUAGAAUCUAAGGAUGGCGAGCCUUAGUUCUGAAGGCAAUGCCCCUAUUUGAUUUUAAUGUGGCAGAUAAAUUAGUGAGUGCUAUUAAAGAAGCCCUAAGAUGUGGAGAAGACACAUCAAAAUAAAAUCAUGUCUAAACCUAAGAAGAACAAUUUCUUUCCACUCUUAGAAAACAGAUUACAUAAAUUACACCCUUUUGUUUAAGAUCAUACCAAGUUCUUGGCUUUUCUGGUCAUAGAUGGAGCAUUGUCCUGACUGGCUAGAACUACUCUUCCAUUAGAGAGUGCUACUAGUUUAAAGACACAAUGCAAAGGAAGAUGAAUUAUUAUAUGAAAAAAGCUUACAGCGGGGUCAUUUAUCAAACAAACAGUGGCCAUUUCCUCUCUGAGUCUUUAGGUUCUGGAUUUCCAAUAUAGAGGAGUCAGUCCUUUCAAUCUUUUCAGCUGCAGAAGGAGAACAAUGUGGGUAUUUGACUUGCCUGCUAGAUCCAUUGAGGAGUCUUAGAGAAUACAUUGUAAAAUCUUGUGAAAACCUAAAAAACGCUUUGCAAUUCCAGCAGGUGUUCAGAAGGGUCUGCCAACUUCAAAGGCUACUUUAUCCAAUUGGACUGUGCCUGUAAUUAAGAGAGCCUAUAUAAAACACAAGAUGGAGAUACUAUCAGGAAACACGACAGUGGCCUGGGCAAUGUUUAACUAGCUACAUAAACAUUGUGGCUCAUUUAUCAACACUGGGUAAAUCUGCAUCUGAGCAUUUAUCUAUGGCGACCAAUCAAAUAUUUUCUUUCAUUACUCUAAUACCAGCUGACUGAAAAAAAAGUGAAUCAUUGAUUGG